ACCAAAUUUGUUUUCAUACCCAGAACUUAAACUCGAAACCUAUGAUUAAGGGAGGAGCAGCCUGCAUCGCAUCCUAGAUGGUUGAAAACAUACCUUAUCAAUUAUUUCGAACCUACCCCAAAUAUAAGGAUGAUUUUCGUCAUUUCACAAAAUAAUACCAUGUGAUAAAAUUUUAAAAAUUUACCAUGGUAAAAAUUUGUGGUGAGGAAUUGUAAACAGUAUGAAUAAUAACGGUGAUCUUCAAAAAUGAGAAAACAAUGUCAUAAUUCUGCAUGCUACACUCCACCGCUAUUGUCGCCAACUUUCUCCCUUAUCCACCGUUCUCCGGCGCCGGAAACCACCGUGCUCCGCUGCACACCGCCACGACACAGAUAAUAACCACAUCGUACAAAUGCAAAAACCAACCAUGAUCAAAUUUCUUCUUUAUGGGGUGCUCCACAGUUUGCUUAAAGUUUCAAGAACCAGUUUUUUAGUCAAAUGGUAAUGUUUAGUGAAUAAAGAUUCAAAAUUUAUUCUAAUUGAGGAUGGAUUUUUUAUGGGUUGACUAUCAUUUUCAAGUAUAUGCAUCUGGAAAAGGGUAUUAUUAUCAUGGUCUUGAAUAAUAAUGGACAAAAAUGAGAUGUAAAAUUGAUGCAAAUUGUUGAGUUGUUGUUAUAAAGGAGAAUAUGAAAGAAGGAAACGGGCAAGAGGAAUUGCCAUCAUCACCAUAUAGGGUAUUACAACAAAUCUCUGAAGAAGCAGUGAGAGUUGCUGGCGAAGCGUUACAAAAUGUUUAUUCUAGUAGUAGUUCAAAAUUUGCUUCAAGUGGUGUUGUUGGACAUAGAAGAAGUCGUAGCGAAAUAGUGACUUCUUCUGUUCAUAGAAGUGGUAGUAAUUUCAAUAAAUGGAAGUCUCAAAUGCAAAGGGCUUUGAAGAAUUGGGGUUCUACUUCGCAGGAAGACAGCUCGUUUUUAUCGUUUAAUCCUGAGGUUUUGGCUAAUCAAAAGCGACAAUGGUAUCAGCUUCACUCCAAAACCUCGGAUUAUAAGAAAUAUAAGGAGCCCGACGCGCUUUUUGAGCACUUUGUUAUCGUUGGUCUUCAUCCAGAUGCUAAUCUUGAGGAUGUCGAGGAUGCAUUUGCCAGGAGAAAGAAAUGGGAAGUACAGUUAGAAACAUCUGACAUGGUGGAUUUCAGAAUGCUUUCAAAUUGUGGUCCUUCAGUUCCAUCUCUAGAACCUCAGGUACUCUUCAAGUAUCCUCCUGGAAAGAAGCUAGCCAUGCGUUUGAAGGAUUUGGCAGCAUUUUGCUUUCCUGGAGGUGUUAAGGCACAUGUGAUGGAAAGGACACCGUCAUUUAGUGAAUUAAAUGAACUGGUCUAUGGCCAGGAGCAUUUAGGCAGAGAUGACUCAUCGUUCAUAUUUUCUCUUAAGGUGGCAGACAAUGCUACCCUGUAUGGUGUAUGUUUACAUGUACCAGAAAUUGUUCAGAGACCACCUGCUAUCUAUGUUUCUUCAUCACCCCUUUCGCAAUCAUCAAUCGGUCGCAGUCGGUUUUUGGUUUCUGCACCUCGCUGUUAUUGUCUUUUAACGAGAGUUCCUUUAUUUGAAUUGCACUACGAGAUGUUGAACAGUGUAAUUGCACAAGAGCGCCUGAAUAGGAUAACACAUUUUGUUAGUGAAAUAAAUCUCACUGAUUUUAUCCCCGCUGCAUCGAAAAUGAACGAUGCAUCAAAUGCAAGCGUCGAUUCCUCUUACAGGGAUGAUGAAGCAGAUUGGACAGCUUCUGCAAUACCAGUUGACAGUGCAAUUGCUCUUACUGCUGCUGCAGCUGGGAUAAUUGAUGACGAUGAGGUUCCCUCAUCAUCAUCAAAGUGGGAAGUUUCUUCGCCUGUAAGUCUCACUGCCAGUGAGGCAUCAGAUCAUAGUCAAACAAGAGGAUUUGGUAAGGAUGGGGGAAGGAACAUCCAUUAUGUUGAUGAUUGUGUAUCUGAAGCCUCAGAAGUUCGAUCUGAUAGUACUGAAAGGGUUUAUGGAAUUCAAGACAAUUACCGAACCCCUGAGAGUGGGCCUUCUGUCUUCUCAAAAGUCCGUUCAUUGGAGCGUCUUGGAAGCUUUGAAUCCUUAUUUAGUUCAGCAAGAAGUAUGGCAUCUGAGGAAGAGGAUGAUGACUUAUUUUUCAGCAAUGAAAAGGAUGCCGGGUGUGAGAUGAUAAUGGAGUGGGCUAGAGAGAAUAAGAAUGAUUUGCUGCAAAUAGUUUGUAGUUAUCAUUCCUUGCCCCUUCCACCACGAGGAAGUAAGAUCAUUUUUCAGCCACUCGAACAUCUGCAGGCUAUUGAAUACGAGAGAAUUUCAGUUUCUGAACUCGGAAUUAGUGAGAAACAUAUGGGUACAAGAAUGAAUGAUCCAGAUGAUGCUGCAAAGGUAAAUUUCCAUUUAGCCGCUGCUGAGGAAGCUGUUGGACUAUCUAUAUGGACAACUGCAACAAUAUGUCGUUCACUUUCAAUUGAGACCGUAUUGGCCUUAAUCACUGGUGUGCUUCUCGAAAAACAAGUGGUUAUUAUGUGCCCCAAUUUGGGUGUUCUAUCUGCUGUGGUGCUGUCUCUGAUUCCCAUUAUUCGUCCAUUUCAAUGGCAGAGUUUAUUCUUACCUAUUUUGCCUGGGAAGAUGCUUGAUUUCCUUGAUGCUCCCGUACCUUUCAUUGUUGGCCUGCAGCACAAACCAACUGAUUUGAAGAUGAAAAGCGCUAAUCUUGUCCGCGUUAAUGUAACCAAAGAUCAGAUAAAAUCUUGUUACUUGCCUCUACUUCCUCGACGUAAGGAGCUUCUAUCAGAACUACGGCCAAUCCAUGCCAGAUUGUCACGUGAAGACUCUGUUGCUCAACGACGCCCUAUAUACAGAUGCAGUGAAGUGCAGACUGAAGCUGCAGCACAAUUCUUGACUGUUAUGCGGCGCUAUUUGGAGUCGCUUUGUUCGGAUUUGAGGUCUCAUACAAUAACUAGUGUGCAAUCAAACAGUGACCGGGUUUCAAUACUGCUAAAGGAUAGCUUUAUUGAUUCUUUUCCUGGUAGGGAUCAACCUUUUGUGAAGCUUUUUGUGGAUACACAACUUUUUACCGUUUUGUCAGAUGCUCGUCUUUCAAGCUAUGAGAACGAGUAGCAUAUUAGCAAAAAAGACGUUCUUGAGGACAUGGGCACAUUACUGAACUAACUUUUUGCCGUUGUAUGUUAUGGUAUACCAAUGCUGUAGCAUAUGAAGGCGCUCUGCACGGGCUGAAAGGAGCAACUUUAUUCAGGCAUGACAAUGAUAACAUUGACAGUUCUUUCCUCCAAAUUUUGAAUGUACCAAUAGAUACUAUCAUAGGAAAAGAACCUGUGAUCUGAAUAGAUCAAUGAAAGUGAAUUUUUUAAUGGCAUGAUCGGAAAAGUUUGAAAAAUAGCCUAGAAGAAGAUCAUCCCCACCUUUUUUGUGGGAUUGAUAGUAUUAAGGCUGGUAACUUAAAAUGACUUGAAAAUAUGUAAUUGUAAUUAGUUAUCAUGAUUUAGCAAGAGCUGCUACUUUAUACAGAGUUCCUAUGUUAUAUUCUUGAA